AUGUCUAUUGCAGAGAUCUUUGAGAGAGUCGACAAAAACAAAGAUGGGAAAAUCUCAUGGGACGAAUUCGCUGUGGCCAUUCGCGCCUUUUCUCCUAGGAUGACAUCAAAAGAAAUCGAUGAGAUGUUCAGAGAACUUGACCUCGACGGUAAUGGCCAAAUUGAUGCCAGAGAGUUUGCUUCAUGCAUGGUGGUCGAAGGUGAUGGAGAAAAAGACGACGAAGAAGUUGUCAUGAGAGAUGCUUUUGAUUUAUUUGAUGUUAACGGUGACGGAAAGAUAUCUGCGAGUGAGAUCCAUGUGGUGCUGAAACGUCUUGGUGAAAAGUGUACAAUGGACAAAUGCGUUGCGAUUGUCAAAGCUGUUGAUGUAGAUGGCGAUGGAUUUUGCGGAACGAGACAAAACCCGUGUCGUUGCAAAUUCGUUGGACCGACGCUUGGGUUCGUUGCUUUUCUGGUGACCGGACUCAUCGAGUGGCCGGUUGGUGCGGUGGUUUACAUCUUUAAACACACAAAAGGUCGCCGUAUUAUGGGUCAUCCCGCGAGAGUCGUUUACCCCAAAGUCUCGAGAUCUAUUCCCAUCUAG